AUACGCGACCACCUCAACAUACCAAAGUUUCAUUCUCUCCUGCACUACGUGGAAUCCAUUCGCCUCUUUGGAACCACCGACAACUACAACACAGAGAUGUUCGAAAGACUUCAUAUCGACCUCGCUAAAGAUGCCUGGCGCGCCACAAAUCAUCGCGACGAGUUUCCGCAGAUGAUGCAUUGGGUUACGCGUCAGGAGAAGAUGAUGUUGUACGAGGUGUUCCAGAAGGAACGUCAGGUUGAGGAGGAGCUGGAGGAGGAGGAGGAUUUGAUCAACGACAUCCAGCCUCCGGAACUACGUCUCGGUCAAGCGGAUCUGGCGCAAACGUUCCUCCCUUCUGAAAGGGUCGACGUUUACCACCAAUUCAAAUUCAAACCAAUCGAGCUUUCAGAUGGAAGAGAAGAGCUGGACGCCGUAAAGGCAAUCCCAGCACGUCCCACAAAGCAUCAGAAGGCUCGUUUCGACACGGUUAUUGUUCUUGACAAGGGCGACGCGGAGUCCACCGGCGUGAUAGGUACCAGGGCUGCAAGGGUCAAGAUCAUUUUUCCCCUCCCAAAGACUCUGUCCGAGCGAUUUAGGGGCCAAACUGCCCCGUCGUGGUGGCCCAGCGGUCCUCUCGCGUACGUCGAGUGGUACUCGCGUUUUGCAUCAAGCCCCGAUCCUACACAUUUGAUGUAUACCGUCAGUAAACCCCCUUUGACGUCGAAGGGACUUCCGCAAGGAAAAAUCAUACCGUUAACUCAAAUACGUCAAUCGUGCCAACUUGCGCCGUGCUUCCCGGAUGGACCAUCGGGCACUGUACCGGAUGACUGGUCCUCCAAUACGGUGUUAGAGACAGCCAGUCGAUUCCAUGUAAAUAAUUGGACUGGCUUAUAUGCAUACCAAACACUUUGGUAG